AAUGAUAAUUUUCCAAUUAUUAUAGGUUACUAGUGUAUCUAUCACAAGUUAAGAAACUAGUCACUAGACUUUGUGGCAUAUGAAAUUAAUUGGUUGUCGAUAACAAACAAACUUUAAUAAUUUCGUUUUACUUUUCUUUUAGCUUUCUUAGAAGGUUCAUUUUUCAAUUUGGGACACUCGCUUUUGUGGUCGAGGUUUGUUCUAGAUUAAAUAUCAAUCUCUUGUGUGGUUUGUGGGAGAGACAUUCAUUUUUCUAUAUAUCUCAUCCAUUUUCUAUUGAGUUCUCUUACACUUCAACUUCUUCAGUACUUUGUGUUGCCUCUAAAUAUUUUCUUAAUUAAGAGAUCUUAUUCUAAGUUUCUUUGUUCCCACAAUCACUAUCCGUCAAGUUUUCUUUUACAGGAGAUCAUAACUUCAAUUUGUUUACUCACAUAUUGACUGAACAGAACACGUGGAUAUGCACGGGUUUGUUAAUAGUUGGUGAACAAAAAAAGUUCCACUCAAAUAAAGUAUAAGGUAGCCAUGGCAGGACUGAUGGUUGCAGGAGCAUUUCUUACACCUGUCAUUCAAGUCAUUGUUGAAAGUGUUGCCUCAAGAGAUUACAAAGACCUCUUCAUUAAACGGUCGGUGAAUAAACUUAAAAUUAGAUUGAAUUCAAUCCAAAAAGUGUUGGAUGAUGCAGAGGCAAAACAAUACCAUGACGAAAGAGUGAGGUUUUGGCUUGAUAAACUAAAACAUGUGGUAUAUGAAGUAGAACAACUGUUGGACGAGAUUGCUACAAGUGCACAACGAAAGUCCAAGGUUCAUCUCUUUCGUUUAGUUAGCCGAUUUAAACCUAAGAUCAAAGAUUUGCUAAACAACCUAAAAGUUCUUUUAGACGAAAAGGAUUCGCUGAAUUUGAAUGAAGGAAUAUUUGCUCGUAAUGAACUUUCAGAAAGAGUGCCAACGACGUCUUUGGUGGAUGAAUCUAGCAAAUAUGGUAGACAUCGUGAAAAAGAGGAAAUUAUCAGUUUCUUACUUUUAGACAAUGGUAGUAGUAGCAGCAACCAAGCACCAAUAAUCAGCAUAGUUGGUCUUGCUGGGAUGGGUAAGACCACCCUGGCUCAGCUUGUCUACAAAGACCACAGGGUGCAAAAGAACUUUGAUCUUAAAGCUUGGGUCUAUGUUUCAGAAUCAUUUGAUGUUAUUGGACUCACUAAAGCAAUUCUCGAGUCAUUUGGUUCUUCGCCAAACACUGAAAAUCUAGAUCGACUCCAAUGUCAACUGCAGGAAGAGAUAACAGGAAAGAAAUGUUUGCUUGUUCUAGAUGAUAUCUGGAAAGUAGACCGGGAAAGUUGUGAGAAGUUACUAAGUUUUUUUAACGAAGGAUCUUCAGGAAGUAAGAUUAUUGUGACAACACGAAAUCAGAAGAAUGCAUCUGCCAUGGAAUCUAAGUUUUUUGAAUUAUUUCAAUUGGGAGAGAGUGAUUCUUGGAGUUUAUUUGAGAGACAUGCUUUUCCAAACAAAAAAGGGAGUGAAUAUCCAUAUCUUGAACCAAUUGGAAAAAAGAUUGUAGGCAAGUGUGGAGGGUUGCCAUUAGCCGUGAUAACUAUGGGGAAACUCUUGAGAGCAAAAUUCUCUCAAAGUGAAUGGAAUGAAAUAUUGGAGGAUGAUAUGUGGGGUUUAUCAGAGAAAGACAGUGGCAUAAAUCCAGUAUUGAGACUGGGUUACCAUAAUCUUCCUUCUAAUUUGAAGCCUUGUUUUGCAUACUGCUCAAUAUUUCCCAAGGGUUAUAAGUUUGACAAGAACAAGUUAAUCAAAAUGUGGAUGGCAAAUGGUUUGCUGAAUUCCUACAAAAGUGACAAAAGUAAAGAAAAGUUGGGUAGUGAAUUAUUCAACGUUCUUGAGUCAAUUUCAUUUUUCCAAAAAUCACAAGAUUUUGAUGGUGGUUUUACCAUGCAUGAUCUUGUCAAUGACUUGGCAAAAUCAAUGUCUAGAGAGUUUUGCUUACAAGUAGAGGAUGAUAAGAAGGUAAAUCACAUUUCUAAACGGACACGCCACAUUUGGUUCUCUUUUGAUUCGGAAGAUGGGGAUAGAAUAUUAAAGCACACUUAUAGAAGUAAGGGAUUGCAUAGCUUGUUGGUAGAACCAAAAAGUUACAAAUGGACCGAGAUAAGCAAUAAUGUGCAAUGUGAUAUAUUUUCAAAACUAAAAUAUUUGCGGAUGUUGUCAUUUCUUGGUAGUAGGUCUUUACUUACAGAGUUAGAGCUAGCAGAUGAGAUAGGCAAUUUAAAGUUUUUGCGCUAUCUAGACGUGUCUUGGACAAGUAUUGUAAGGUUGCCUAAUUCUAUUUGUAAGCUUUACAAUUUAGAGUCAUUGAUAUUGGAAGGGUGUUCUAAUUUGACUGAAUUUCCUUUAGAUUUUUUCAAACUUGACCGUUUACGCCAUCUUAAUCUAAAAGGGUCUGCAAUAAAGAAGAUGCCAAAGAACAUAAGGGAACUAAACCAUCUACAAACAUUGACUAACUUUAUUGUGGAAGAGUCAAGUGGGUCUGAUAUUGAGGAGUUAGAAAGUCUCAAUCUUCUUCAAGGAAAACUUUGUCUUUCAGGAUUGAACAAUGUCACUGAUCCAACACAUGCCGUAAAGACCCGUUUGCAAGAUAAGAAGUUUUUAGAAAAAAUACAUAUGAUAUUUAAUGGUUCAGUAGUUGACAGCAAUGUGUAUGUCUUGGAUGCCCUUCAACCAAAUAAUAAUCUGAAAAGGCUCAUCAUUGAGAACUACAAUGGCGAUAUGUUUCCAAAUUGGCUAAGUGGUUGUGAUUUACCCAACUUAAUAUCUCUUAAACUCAAGAACUGUAAAGGAAUAAAGAUCAUUGGCAAUAACUCAACAAAUGUCCCGUUCAAGUUCCUUGAAGUUUUGGUAUUUGACCGCAUGUAUGAGUGGGACGAAUGGUUAUGUAUUGAUGAGUUUCCUAUGCUUAAAGAGCUUUACAUAAGAGAUUGUCCCAAAUUGAAAGGGGUACUGCCUCAACACCUUCCUUCAUUACAGAAAUUGGUGAUUUUCGGUUGCAAAAUGUUGGACGUAUCAAUUCCCAAUUGUGAUAAUAUCAUAGAGUUACAUAUAUGGAGAUGUGAUCGAAUUUUGAUAAACAAGUUGUCAUCCAGCUUGAAAAAGUUUGUCCUUCAUGAAAAUCAAUAUGUUGAGUUCUCCAUGGAUCAUUUAAUCAACAGUCCCUUUCUGAAAGUGUUGGCGUUGGAUUUCAAGGACUUUGUAGAAUGUCCCUCUUUAAAUUUGCGUUGUUAUAAUUCUCUGUCGGAACUUUCAAUAAGUGGAUGGCGGUCCUCCUCCUUGCCUCUUUCACUACACUUGUUCACUAAUCUGGAUUCUCUCAUAUUGUCAGAUUGUACAAGGCUGGAGUCUUUUCCUAUGGGAGGGUUUCCUUCCAACUUGAGGUAUCUUGAAAUUCAUAAUUGCCCAAAACUAAUUGUUAGUGAUGAUUUUGAAAACGAGGAGUGCUUCCCCGAGCAGAAUCUACUGCCACCAACUCUGAAUGUUCUUACCUUGGCUAAAUGUUCAAAGCUAAGAAUAUUGAACAACAAGGGAUUUCUCCACCUCAAAACUCUUAGUCAUAUACGGAUUGACAGCUGCCCUAGUCUUGAGAGCUUGCCAGAAGAAAGUCUACCCAACUCACUUAAAAUGUUGACGAUUAGUAGAUGUCCAUUACUUGAAGAGAAGUACAAAAAAGAGGGAGGAGAGCGUUGGCAUACAAUUAGUCACAUCCCUGAUGUGAUGAUUGACGGUAUUCCUCAGCAUUAGAUUGAGCGGUAGAAAUGAGAUGUUUGUCACAGUGAUGUCAUGUUUAACAGUGAUGUGAUCCUCAGAGAUAUUGCCGACUAAGACAUUCCUUUGCCAUCAAUAUCAAAACUAUGGAUUUCAAGUAUUUUUCUAUUAAUUUUGUGGUUAAGAAGAGUCUGUAAUCAUUCUUAAAAAAAUAUAAGACUUUGUAUUUCCCUUUCUUAAGUGUCCACUUUCCUUUGUUUUGUAAUGUGUUUUGUGCCUGUCUCCAAACAUUGAGACUUGAGACUGGCUAGAGUGAUUUUCUUAUUUUGUUAUUCAUGCUUUAUAACAUUCUAAAUAGAUCUCUCGAUUGACAGAAAUAGUUUCUUCCUGAAAAAUAUAGUGCUUACUUUUGAGAUACACUGUUUAGGUAAGGGAAGGCUUUUUAUCCUUGUUGCAUUUAUA